UGCAAGAUUCUAACCGUCUUAUUUUGAUGAUGAAUAUGAAGGCGCGCUAAGCCGGGCUGGAGCCGUGUGUCUCAGCCGCUGUGCUCCAUUCAGAGCUCCCUCCGCUGCCUUCCUGUGCCAACAACCCCCCAAAAGUUGUGAUGCUUUUCUUUACCCAGUGCUUUGGGGCUGUGUUGGAUCUCAUUCACCUCCGGUUUCAGCACUACAAGGCUAAACGCGUUUUCUCUGCUGCUGGGCAACUUGUCUGCGUGGUUAACCCCACACACAACCUAAGGUAUGUGUCCGGUAGACGGGCCAUCACUCAGAACUCCACAGAGCAAGGCAGCUUCCACCCGCUCCAUCUUCCUCACCACCAUCGCCACCACCGUCACCGCAGCCACCUGUGCCACCAUGCCCGUCCGCGCCACCUCCACCACCAGGAGGCAGGGAUGCCCAGCGCUCAGGUGACAGCCUGCCUAUGCCCGCUCUUCUCCUGCCAGUGGGAAGGUCACCUGGAGGUGGUGGUGCCUCAUCUGCGGCAGAUCCACAGGAUUGACAUCCUGCAAGGGGCAGAGAUCGUCUUCCUGGCCACGGACAUGCACCUCCCCGCGCCCGCCGACUGGAUCAUCAUGCACUCUUGCCUGGGCCACCACUUCCUGCUGGUGCUCAGGAAACAGGAACGGCACGAAGGGCACCCUCAGUUCUUUGCAACCAUGAUGCUGAUCGGGACCCCCACCCAGGCCGACUGCUUCACCUAUCGCCUGGAGCUCAACAGAAACCACAGGCGUCUCAAAUGGGAAGCCACCCCGAGAUCUGUCCUGGAGUGUGUGGACUCGGUCAUCACGGAUGGGGACUGCCUGGUUCUCAACACCUCGCUGGCCCAGCUCUUCUCUGACAAUGGCAGCCUCGCCAUCGGAAUCGCCAUCACCGCAACCGAGGUCGGCGCCACCGAUGCCGAGAUGUGAGACCAGGAGCCGCUGGAUAUUCCCACUGCCUGUGCACCUUGGACCUCCAGCUGUCAGGACCUUCUUAUUCCUCUUCCUUCCUUCCUUCCUUCCUUCUUUUCUUUGUUUUUCGUCUCAGGUAAUUUGUGGUAUUAGUUUUCAUCUGCCCAUGGGGCAUCACGUUAUGUAAACAUCUGUGAUUCAAGAUCUUGGUGUGAAAUCUGUCCUGUGUUGUUGGUAACGUUUUGUAGAACGUUUGGAAGGUUCUACCCGAAUAGUUAUUUCCUGCAACCACUGGUCUCUUUCUCUACUGCUCCCAAAGGGAGCAAAUACCUAGAGGCAGAGCACGGGUGUUACCGGAGGCUCGGCUUCCAAACAGUUCCUUCCUCUUCUUUUCGGCUGUUUAAGACAGAGCCUAACUUGUCAUGGCUGAGGCGGCCAGCCGUGAUGGACGCCUUCCCAGGAGUCUUGGGGUCAAAGCUAAGCUGCAUGAGCAUGAGCGACAGUGUCUCCUCCACAGCGGAGUCACCUAGAGACACACUUUGUGUCAGAAGCAGUCACCUGAUCCAGGGCUGGGGACAGCUGUCAGAUCCCAAACCCUCUGUCUUUCAGGUUCUCCUGGCCUCAUUCCCUGGCCAUGCCAUUCCCUUUGGCUUUGCAGUUAAAGCCCAGAUGUUCUUGAUGCCUUUCUGAAAAUCGCUUUGCCUCUGGUGAGAAGCAGGAUAGGUAUGAUGCAGGAGAAAAGCUAGAAGAAAGAAGAAGGCAUCCGAUUAACCUCUAACCUCUGGGAGGGCGUGCUUGCCUUGGCGAGACGUUUUAAAUACAUGAAUUAUGAAUCCAUCACCCCCCACCACCACCACUAGAGUAACACCUUCUUGUAUCAGACAGAAAGCUGCUCUGUCCUUGAUGGUUUAUACAUACGAGCCACCAUCAAACAGCGGGACUCCAGCCUGAGGAGCUGACUCUGACACACUCUAGCCCCCCCCCCCCCCACUUUCCUCUCCUUCCUCUCUAACAUGCUCUGUAGCCCUGUUCAGCACAUAAGCAUGGCUGCUUAGGAGUAAGCUCCGAAUAUGCAGAAGGAAGCCUCAGGAACCCACCUCACCUCACCCUCCACUCCCGACCUCUAUCCCCCCAGCCCCCAACUCCCACCCCCACACCACACCCACCCACCCCUCCCCUCACUCCCUACCCACCUCCAGCCUCCUCCCUCCUCUCCUCCCCCUCCCCCUCCCCCCUCAUCUUCCCCCGCCCUAGAGGCUGCUCUCUCUUGUUUUGUUGUUAGAACAAUACAUCAGCCUUUGGGGAAAGACCUUCCCGCACUGGAGGAAAAUGGGGGUGGGGGUGGGGGCGGGGUCUUCACUCUGCUUUCUUUCUGUUCUAAGUUGCACACCUUAAAACCUUCCCCAUGGGUCCACGUGUCCACAACAUCCUUUCGGUCACUGUCCAGGUGCUAGGGGAAAACAUGGCACCCCAAACCAGCCCAGCUCUCCACAGGGCUGUGUGGGCCUUUCUCCAGCUCAUUCCCUUACCUCAGGCACACCAGCUGGGCCUGGCUGGCCUCCGAGUGAACACUCAGUUUCGGGCAGAUUGUCCUGGCUACUGUCCAUCGGCAAUCUUUUCUCCACCAAAAUUAAUUCAUCUUAAAAUACACUACCCGUCUCCCAAACUGGUUGAUCUUCCAGCCACUUUUGCUGCGGCACUGGGAGAUUAGGUUUAUAGAACUGUGAGAACACAGUUCUUUCCAGUCAUCCAGUCAUUGCUGGGUCUUGGAUCUAGGGCUUCAUCUCUCCAUCUAGGGCCUGAGGAGCAUAGCUAACUUUACUCACAGAUUAGCACAAAGAUGAGGCUCUGAGGUAUCCUGAAGCUUGUGUCCUGUGGGCUCCAGGCCAUUAGCCUCCAACCACAGAGGGCCCAGACCCAAGGCUGCUAUAUCAGCCCCGGGAGAGACCAGCUGGUGUGGCUCCUUUCUGGCAACCCAGGACCUCCCUAGCUGUCUAGAGGCGUCAGAAGCCACAGUUCCUCUCCUGGCUUCUGAUGGUCAUUUGUAACGCACAGGUGCCCCAACUAAACACACACACAACACCUCAAGAAGAACACAUGUAGUGCUUACAGGACUCGGAGCUCCUGCAACAUGGCCUUCCCCUUGCUGCUGAGCCAAACUAGGAAGGACUGCAGGCCGUGGUUACUGCACACUGCAUUAUAAGUAAGUGAUCCCAGGCACAGACUUGAAUGGUGGUUCCUAUUCAUCUUCAGAACAAAGGUUAGGAAAUGUCUUGUUUUCCUCCAACUAUGGUGCUCCCAAGACGGCUUUUCUCUCCACACUAAUAUGGGAAGAACAGAAGACAAAGGAGCAAGCUAAUACUGGUGAAUUGGAAACAGAGGAGAAGAGUGAGAAACAGCGUGUUUGAGCGUCAGUGCUACCAAAAGGCUCUCUCCUUUAGUCUUGAGUAAAUCCUCAUCACUCUCCUCAAUACGCAGGUUGAGAGAUACGCCAUGACCUUGUCAAGGUCACACGUCAGACCACAUGUAAAACUCAGCUCUACUGGUUCAGACUUAGCGUUCUCAAUAGGAAGACGAUCCCCUAGUGUUCAGCAGGGUCUUGCUUCAGCAGUUGGAGAUUGGAGACUUGAAAACUGAGUGGGUCUUCACCCUGGAAUGAUGAGGAGAAUCCAGGGGGAAAGGCUGGAGUGAAAUCCGCUUUUAGUGGCAUCUUAGCAUUGUGGAAGCGAGCUGGUCCCAGGGAGGCGGAAAGGAAGAGGCCCAUGGAGGUCUCUGUGGCCCCGUGUCCUUUUGCCUCCUUCGCCCACCGCCAGGGCCUCGUGCUCAUGGAUCCUGGAACCUGGGUUCCUCCUUCAUGCCAAGACACUCAACUUGAGAAAUUCCCUGAGGAAUUUUUGUGUUUUAACAGAAGGCAUAGACAGACAGACAGUAGCACUGAUGAGAGACACGGCUGUCUGUAUUUGAACUGGCAGCUGUGAGCAGUUUGUCCAGAAGGUGUUUAAAGAGAAGGAGGCCUUGCCUUGAGUCUGAGCCUACAUGAAUGAUGGAUGGAGGUUUAGCGAUACGAUGAAGAUUGUUCCUAACAGUGAGUAUGCGUAUGAACCUGUACCUGGGAUAGUUCUAACAUUCCAGCAGCCACUGGGGACAUUUAGAAAUGAUCAGGAUAGCUGUCACAGUGGGCCUGUGGCUGCCACUGACUGAAAGUUUCCUAUGUGACCCAGGGGGAUAAGUCCUUGGAACUUAUUAUCCCACAUAAUCCUCAAAACAACCACACGAAGCUGCUGCGAUGUGUCGGGACGGAUGAGAAACUGCAGUUAGUAAACAGCAAAGCCAGCCCCACAGCCAGGCUUCCAACCAACUCCAUCCAUGUCAUCUCUAUGAGCUCGUGUUCCAGAGUCUCAGAAGGACCCAGUCAUCAAGUUCGAGCGGCAUGGAAGCCCUGCUUUAGUAUUUCAGUACUAAAUGUACCCUUUCUCUUCCUCUUGUCUCCUUUUCUUCCAGCCCAAUAGCUGACUUGUAUCCACAUUGUUCCAUUUUUAGAAUUUUGUAGGUCAGUUAUUACAACCAUUAUUGAAAAUUAACAUAUAUAAUCUUACAAUUAAAUAAAUUCUAUUUAAAACAAGGACAAUA